AUAUUGUAAAGAAUAUCUUGUUUUUUGAGAAAACUGUUGGACGACAUGGUAACACAUUGGCUUCACAGCUCCUGUAAUCAGGAUCAAUAUGUCUAGUCACAGUCAAUAAGGAAUUUCACACAUUCUGUUUUUGUUGGCCCAGGUUGCCUGCCACAUCCUAAAGGUGACCUCAGGUUAAAUAUAUAUGAGUCACUAAAUUGGUCAACUGGAGUGAAUUUAAGUCUGUGCAAGAGUUUCCGCUACAGUGGAGAUAGUAUUUCUUUCAAGUUUGUUUUUUGUCUCAAGAUGAACUAUGAUAUAUGAUCUAGUUCUGUUUCUUACACUUUGGAAGUUUAGAAAAUGAUUACAUGUAAGAAAAUUGAUGGUCUGUUUUAAUGGAUGAGUUAAAUCAAUAGUCUUGUUUAUAUUUUCAGAUGGCACAAAAAUCUGUCAAGAAAAGUAUUGUUAAACCCCACAAGGAAAAGUCUGUAGGGCGUACUGCAGAAGAAUUAGAGUAUGACUUUAAUGAUUGUCCACUAAAUAAUGAAGCAUCUCCUCAUGAGGACUAUAAUAAAGAAAUACAUUUAAGAGGGAGAAAGAGGCCUUCUCCAAGUGAAGAUAAUGAAGCUUUUGGUGGAGAUGUAGCAGUCAUGCUUGAAAAAUUUGGAGCCGACAUAAGCAAAGCUCUUCAGGCAAAAAGAAAACGCAUAGAGAUGUGCACAAAAUCUUCAUUAGAAAACAGAAAUCACAAAAUUGAACAGAUUUGGAAUACACAAAAAAAUGACAGGAAGAAACUGAAUGAUGAGUACAACAAGCAGUUUGAAGCAAUCUUUCAGCAAUGGGAGAAUGAUAUCCUGAAAUCCAAAGAUCAAGAAGACAGGCUGGGAAACUUGUACAGACAGCAACAGAAACUGUUUCAGCAAAUGAGAGUGGUACAGGGCCAGAGAGUGAAGACUUUGAAACAGCUCAUGGACCAGUUUUUGAAGAGCUUGGAAGAACUGGAGCAAGCUCAUUCUGCACAACAUUCAUCUGUACAAAAUGAACUUCGUAAAGAGAUGGCUCUUUUUCAGAAGAAGAUUUUAAUGGAAACACAACAACAAGAAAUGGCAAAUGUGAGAAAAUCUCUACAAUCUAUGUUGUUGUAAGGCUUAAAGACUGCAAGCAUGAAGAAUAUUUAUAAGUUACCAAUUUUUUCUGCUCAAAGUAAUUAUUUUCAUAAACUGUUGAUACUCAACUGUUUUUUUCUGCUUUGUUAUUUAACGUAGUACCUUUCAUUUCUGUAUUACUGAAUAAAGACUCAGUCAUGUACUGUAGAACAGGGUUUGUUAGUUGUUUAAAAUUUGUCAGGGUGAACCACCUAAUUAU